GUCUUUAAAGAUUCUGCUUUUCGUACGCUGGAGCUAGUCCGUGGUUCUCAACAUUUUUCUGAAACAACCCCGACAGUUUGGAUACAAGGAGAUACUUGGCCAUCGUUUGGUGAAAUUGUGACAAGAUAUCCUCUGUGUGGUGCUUCUAAACUGCGCGUGUUUGUGGAUUGUUUCGAGGGAAAAUCGAAUUUGACCUAUGGAUUGAUCUCUCCGCAAAGCAGGUAUGAAUCAAGCCCCAAUCCACACUAUUCUCGUGAACACAUUGCAUAAAAAGUAGUUAGGGGCGGAUCUAGGGCAGGGGCGCUCCCCCACCCCGUCAGUUACGUCAUAUUGGUGCACCUAGAAAAAUACGGGAUCCACUCCUAGCAUUACCAUUUUUCUGGGUUUGUUCAAUGCGUUGUCACAAAACAAAGCUUAUUUGCUUGUGAUGUUUGAUGGCAAUCCUUGGAUUUGAAGAAUUCCUUUAAAAGGUAAAGGUCAAGGGAUGAGGUGCGUGAGGCAAUGCCGGCCUCAAAUUAUUUUUAAUUUUCCAAACAUUUGCGAACUGUUUUGUGUACGUGUUAUGCCACGCAGAAAGAGCUGAAAUAGCGCUCUUUUGUCUAAUUUAUUUCACAACAAGCUUUUGAUGUUAUUUUAUACAUUUUGAAAGGUGCUUUGCUAACGUCUGAGUUUAUAAUUUGAAUGCGCUUUGUUGGAGUAGAAUUUCCUUAUAAUUCUUUAGGAAACUGCAGAUUUUGGGUGUUCAGAAUGGAGAACAUCUUCGACUGACUGGAAAACUGUGGUAAUUAUCACGUCCACUUAUAUUAGCUAAGGUUGCCCUGCACCCUUAUCCGUUUCCUUUUAACAAAGCGGGGGAAGCUUGGGCCGAGCGAUGGACCAUGAAGGAGGUAUGGGGUGAAAGUGAGUAAUGAAGAGAUAGGCACAGGCGUUGCGAUGAAUUCAGACAAUCGAACAAUCGCCUUUUUCCAACGAACGAAAGGUAGGUCCGUCAAUCGAAGCCUUGAUGGAAACAGAUCGAUCAGGUACCGCCCUAGAGAUAAGAUCAAAUUAAGUAAAAUGAGGUCAGAGGAUCGUUUUCCCGGGAAAUUUCACUCGGCUCGUUAGUCAAAACAAAGUUACAGCGGUUUAAGUUUUUUGGCUCCAUGAGAAGUCAGUUAAAUUCGAACAAUGUUGAAAAGAAAUAUUGAAAUUACAUCUAACGUACUGUAUGUGUCAAUCAACUACAUUGUCUGGGAUCGUCAGAAACCAUUUUAACUAUCAGAUUCACGAUUGAUCGUUAUUAAGGACCCCUUCAACAGCGCUUUUAAAGUUGGACUGGACUGGCGGUACGAGUACAGAAAUUUUUGCUAACUCUAAGCAUAAAGUGAUUUCCUUCCUCCACUCGAUAGCAUUUUUUACCAAAUAAGGAAACUUGUACCUUUUUUCGUUUUUCUUCCAGUGUAUUCAUCUCUCACAGAUGAAUUUACGAAAUCAUUGAAAGAUCAUAUUGUGAAUUCAUCUAAUGACUUUUCAUUUUCUUAUCUUCAGGGGAUGGAGCAGCCAACAGAAGCAAAUCUUUAAGAAAACAUUCGACUCUAAGACAAGUUUUGCUGCUUCUUCGCAAAUAACACAUUUCUACAACAGAGACAUCAGAAACGGAAGUGUCUUGUGCAUUUACCGUGACUUAAAGAGCAACCGCGUCCACUUUGAUAUCAAUGGAGAGGAAGGAUGGGUCAGUUUUAGCCGAAGUGAACCAGACUUCUGGUAUGGUUACAUUCGCUUGAGUUCCACCGGAAGCGGAAGUAAAAUUCAAGUCACACUGGUUCCGGAAGAAGAUCUAGGUAAAGGCCACGUGAUCAUACUCUUAUGAAGAAGUGCUGGGUAACCAAAGACAUCUCAGACUUCCUCUAUCUCCUUGUCAGCGGAUGUUAGAGGAAAAUAUUUUUACCCACGAAAAAUAACUUUCAACAACGUUAAAAAUUAUUAGGGGGGGUAGAAAGGGUUAGAUAAACUUUUUUUAAUGAGUAAUGUUGUGGAGUAGGAUUAUUUCUUCAGUUUUUAUGUUAAAAAAGUGGGAAAUUUCAAGCAAUAGAAACUUGAAUAGCAACUAGUGUUACAACGUGUUUUAACCAAAACCAAAAAAAAAAAAAAAAAAAAAAAAAAAAAGAAAGAAAAAAAAAAAAAGAAAUAAUACGAACUAUAAGGCAAAGCAUUCUAAAUAAGUAUUGGAGCCCGGAAAAUGAACAACAACCAUAUAUCCAACAAACGAAAAAGAACCUCAGUCCGAAAGAAAUACUAACCUGGUUUUUUAGGACCGUGUUCUUUUCAUGUUUUCUAGCUUACUUUGAUCCAAGACUUCCAAUCCCUAUAACACCAGUACAGCAAGAGCCAACAGAUGUGGAAGACACUGGAAAUUCAGCUCUAGGUUGCCUCCCCGUGGAGAGAAUAGCGCAAGCAAUGCAUGCAGGUAAACAAGAGUACUUAUAGGUCAGCUGCCAUUUACUCAGCUCUGUUUGGUACACUUGUCCCACGGAUUUGUUUCCAUUUUGCAACAGUUAAACAUGGAAGUCGUCCAGCCCAUGAAGUGCGUUUGGCUUUAAUAAGUGCGUUUAAGAAUUAUAUGAAUAAAUGCAUAACGUGUAGUGCAUCAAGAAACAAGCACAAGUUUGUCCAGUUAUGCGCCCCAUUCCAUCAGAGGACCUUCCUCAUAAAGUGUGCGUCCUGAGUGGGUUUUGCUAAAAACGACAGUUAUUCAUACUGCGUAAAAUUUAUGCGUUGUCUGGACGCCUGUUUUUUGGGAGGGGGAGGGGGGAGAGGGUCAUAAGACUGCCGGGUCGCCUUUAUCUUUCAGGGUGGAGUUCACUUUAAAUUUAUAAAUAAAACCUGUGAAAUCUUAAAAGUUACUCAGAAAAUGCAUAAACAUUGCAAAAAUGCUGACAAGAACUAGCUCCGAUCGUAGAGGCACUUGCGCGGCGAACCGCGUGUGCCCAAUCUGACUUAGUUGCGCAUGUUCAUGGAUGAAAGGGUGUGCCAGUUUCAACAUCAGUGUUGGAGUAGUUAACUCUUUCACUCCCAAGAUCUCAUUAGUAAUUUUCCUCACUGUCUGCUAUACAGUUCUUAUGGUUUUAGUUCGAAGAAUUUGGUAUUGGAUCAACCAGUAAUCCCUUAAUUGAAAUUUUUCUUUAUUACUUGUCUCCUUGCUUUUAGAUUGCUAUUGUAUGGAGAUAGUCGGUCUUGAUCACUCAUAGCAGUGAUAGGGCUGGUGAAAAAAAGGUUGUCUAUUUCAACUCAUUAAAUUCGCAACACGCACACAAUUAUUAUGUGCUGGACAACUUAUACUCGCCAAUAUAGGAUUAGUGUUAGAAGAUUAAUGUCUCUUCACAUGUUUGUUGUUAAUGUUAUUGUUGUUGUUUUUUUUUUAUCAGCGCUUUCUAGGGUUGUCCCUGACUCCAAACCAAUGCUACCUUACCAGGGACCAGGUAUGUCGAUAAGAACAAUGUGUAUGCGUAUAUGCAUACGCGUACGCACUGGGACGCAUCGGCAUUUACAUGUGUAUAUGUAUAUUUCAGCAGGAUUUUUGAGAACCAGGAUGACUCGGCGUUUUUUCUGCUUCGUACUGCCCGAUAAAAACCGCAGCGCGCUCUUACACUGCAGUUUUCAGAUCCACCCCACUCCCCUGUAAAUAGAAUGUUAAUCCCCUGCCCACUAGCUAAUAGUCUUGUCUCCAUCAAACUAUUGUUAUGGCCAGUAUUGCCAUCAGAUAUUUUGCGCACGCCCGUAAAGAACACGAGGCGAAUGUAGUUCCAUCAGCAGGAAGAUAAGGUAUGAAUGUAACAAUGCAGUUUUCAGACCUACUACUUUCCAGGACCCCGUAUCUCGGUUAAGUUGUCGAUAGGCCCUAUGGUUUUUAUACUUGUUGAUCGUCAGCAUGUAAAAGCCCCGGUUUACUGAAAUGAGUUACUGUGGCCUGACAGGCAGGAAUCAAGGUCAGCCCCCAUGAAAGUAAAAUCACAAAUUUGUUUGAUUUGGUUUACUUUUAUAUUUUUAGCGGAAACACCUUGGCUGAGCCACCACUACGUGAUGCACACAUCUCGUCCGCGUGGACUUUGCCUUCUGAUAAACAACGUUCCAAACUUAGCGGUGGGAGAAGAGCAGCUCAAGGGCUUGUUUAAGUUCCUUUCCUUUGAUGUGCUAAUUGAAAGAGAUCUUCAAAGGGACGAGAUCUAUAAUUUAGCUAAGGAAUUUGCAAAGAAAGAUCAUACUUACUUUGACACAUUUGUUGUUAUUUUCCUGUCUUUUUCUGGCCGGUGCAGUGAAAUAUCUUGUCCUGAUGGUAGAAACGCAAGCCUUGAGCAUGUUAUGGUGGAGUUCACAGCAUCAAGGUGUCCCUCCCUCCGGGGUAAACCCAAGUUAUUUUUUGUUCAGCGUGUUAAAGGGAUACCUUCAAGGGUCGACAAUGAGUGCUCAAUCUUCGCAAGCGGAAGCUUUGCAGAAAAGGAUGCCGUUAGGUUGCCUUGCAUCUCCGCCAGUGAGAAAGACAGCUGCCCCGAAGAAGCCGACUUUCUGCUUAUUUGUGUGACUUCUACAUAUCCAGCUGAUCAACCCAACAGAGAACCAGGGUCUUUGUUUAUUCAGGUGAAGGAUCAGUCAUCGUUUGUCGCUUGGGGGGGGCUGGGCUGGAGGCUGGGAGGAUUUUGGGGGGAAUCACAUAGUUUUCAGGGGGAAAAGAUGGGAGUCAGUCGUCGCUAACAGAACAUAAUGAGGGACUUUUGAAAAUUGAUUGCAAAUGAGGGGGGAUCAUUAGAAUGCUACAGGGCCACAGGGGGAUCAGAUAAGUUUUAUAAGACACAACCAAAAUCCUCCAGCGAUGAAUAAUGACGGGUCGCAAAGCGUACGAAUCAAGGAAGGAAAUGAGGCCAGAAUUAAUAUUCACCAGACCCAGUCAAGCAAAACUGAUAUCUAUUGCAGCUCAGAUCAACGAAAACUUCAGGCAUUGUGCAGCUUAUUAAUAUCGAUGAAAAUGUAAUAUUAAAAUGGAGGUUAAUUUUCUUGCCAACUUUAAAAUGUCAGAGUAGGGAACUCAGAGGUAGAGUGACGGUAGGGGAAGAAAAUUGUGACAAAACUGCUCGAUGCACUUCAAGUGUUGGAUAAUAGCUCGGUACGAACAGAAGGAGCCGGGCCUUGCCCAGAAAACGAGAAAGAGGGGCUGACGUACCAAAAUGGGUACUUUUUUCGUGGAUUACCAUCAAUGCUACAAUAGAGCAAUGUUGAUACAACACUCCCUCAACCCUUUUUAUCAGCAUUCACUGAUCAAUAGGAAAGAGAUAAAUACUCUUUGUGUGAAUUAUUGAAUCAAGGGAGCGGACCAGUUACUUCUGCUUUGCUCGUUCAACAGAUCUUGGACCAGGUCAUAAGAAGUUCCUGUCAAAUGUACCAUCUGCUUGACAUGUUGACGAUGGUAAACAAAAAAAUGAAGGAUAAACAGAGUGACCAACCAAGCAUUAAAAUGCCAUAUCGGAACCACACACUAAGAGCAAGAGUGUAUUUAGGUAAGAAAAUUAAUGAAGUAAUACGCCGAUCAAUUUGAAGUAUCAACCCCUUUCCCCUUCCCCCCCCGACUAGCUGAAGUUUUGAAGACUUCAAGGACCGACGUCAUCAUUAGAGUCUGUCAGUGGAGUGUCAUAGGUCUCGUUCUUGGAGACUGCUGGUCAGUUUGAAUGUUAAAGGUUUUCAAACCGAGAAAUGCAUACUGCAUAAUGUAUUGAUCCUGGUGACGAUACGGGAAGAACACAAGUUUUAGAUGAGCUUCCUCCCCAACUAACAUGCCUUGGAUAUUGGUAAGCCUCUAGGGGGGGAUUCUUGUUCUCUCUAUAGUGAAAUAAACGCAGCAGCUAAAGCAACACGCAAUGACCGUACGAUAUUACUUUUCGUCCUGGAAAAUUGGAACAAGCGGUCGCUGGUGAGAACAGGAGACACUUAGUAACUAGAUCUGUGUUUUUCAGGUUUUGCCGUGCAUCAAACAUGUUCCUUUUAAAAUUGAUUGGGAUACUAAACUAAUUUAAGUGGACGUGCAAUUCUGCCUAAAAAUGGAUGCUUUUUUUUCCUUUAGGUUCAACAGUGCCUUUAGCCCCUAUCACUCCAGGUAUGACUGUUUGGAUUCCGUCUCUUACCCCAUUCACACAAGGAAAAAAUACUUAGUUUAACCGGGUUUAACUGACGGAAAAUCAGAUUCAGAACAGAAAAAGUGAAUUUUUCCAUAAGAUUCAAGUAAUCGCUUACUUGUAUUUUCAAUGUGCUACAUUUGAAGUCGACAGCUUUUAUAAGGAAAAACAAUUUAAAUCGUGUUGAAAACAGUCCUAAAACAUGUGUAAGCUUUGGUGUGAAUGGUGUAUAGGUCAUUAACUGGAUCGUAAAUACGUAUGAAAUACUACAUGCCAUUUCGCCUUUUGAAAAUUAUAAUGGUUAAGAUUAAAAAAAUAAAAGGGGCCCUGAACCCUCAGGGUGAUUGGCUCCUAAUUUUUCCUAACAGAAUAUUAAUCAUCCUUGAAUCAAAAAUUAAGAUCACGAGAAAAAGGAAAUGAUCACCAAUUUAGGAAGCUCCUGAUUGUCAAACAGAUUAUUCUUGCAGAGGAAAUGAGAAGAGAACAGUAUGCAGAAUAUGAAUACCAAUGUGAGAGUGUAAAGGGUUAAAACCCACUCAUAUCGAGCAUUUGUUAUUGAUACAAUUGAUGAAUGAAAUUUCUUUGAUUGGAUUUUAAACUGGAACUUCAAUUUUUUCAGCUUUGGCCCAGGAGGUUAGCUAUGAAAUGAACAAGGAUCCUCGAGGAUUGUGCGUCAUCGUGAAUAACGUCAACUUCCAGAACAGGGACCUGAACCGACCAGGAGCCGUCGAAGACGAACGUAGCCUCCAACUUCUGUUCAGGACGCUCUUCUUUGAAGUAAUUAUCCGGAGAGAUUUGACGAGCCACGAGUUGGAGAAAGUGGCACAGAAGUUUGGAGCUGCAAAUCACAAAGCGUAUAACGCGUUUGUGUUCAUCGUCAUGUCGCAUGGAGGAGAUCGCGAUUGCAUCUUGGGCGUCGACGGAAGGGAGACAACCGUCAAGAAUUUGAUGUGCGAGUUCCGUGAGAACAAGUGUCCUUCACUUAAGCAUAAACCCAAAGCGUUCAUCAUCCAAACUUGCAGAGGAUGUCGAGACAACGCUGAUAAUUCAAUUUCCUCACCUGAUAAUGAUAUCAAUUUACAGCAGAAGGUCGUGACCACGUCACAGGCACAGAUAAGCUCCCAGCCAUGUGAUACUGCAUUGGUUACUGACUGCACCCUCCCGCGGAGCGUGUUUCCACCGGAAGCCGACUUUGUCCUGGCCUUUGCCACCGCGCCGGGUUACGUAUCAUAUCGAGAUCCGGAUAAUGGCACCUGGUUUAUACAGGUA